CGCACAUCGCCCACCUCGACGAUCCCCCAGAGCCCCGCCAUAGCCGCCCGCCAUGGUCAUCAACCAGCCGUCCAACCAGAUCAAGUUGACAAAUGUGUCGCUGGUGCGCAUGAAGAAGGGCAAGAAGCGCUUCGAAAUCGCAUGCUACAAGAACAAGGUCCUCGAAUGGCGCAACAAGGUCGAAAAGGACCUGUCGAAUGUGCUGCAGAUCGAAAACGUUUUCCUCAACGUCUCCAAGGGCCAGGCCGCCCCCAAGGCCGAUCUCGAAAAGGCCUUUCCCAAGAAGUCGCUUAUGGAAAUCAUCACCGACAUACUUGACCACGGCGAGCUGCAGGUCGGCGAGAAGGAGCGCAAUGCCGAGCUCGAGCGAACCAAGAAUGAGGUCAUCGAUAUUGUGGCCGGCAAGCUGGUCGAUCCCAGGACCAAGCGCGUAUACACGACGGGCAUGAUCGAGAAGGCGCUGGACCAGCUGAGUUCGGCAGCGGCGUCGCAGCAGGCCGACAAGGACAAGGCCGAGGCCAAGGACGAGGGCGACGACAAGGCAAAGGCCAAAGAACUGCCAAAGUGGACGGGCAUCGUUACCAACAAGUCAGCCAAGUCGCAGGCGCUGUUCGCUAUGAAGGCGCUCAUUGCCCACCAGCCCAUCCCCGUCGCCCGCAUGCAGAUGAAGCUGCGCGUUACGUGCGCCACAUCGGUCCUGAAGCAAGGCAUCAAGACAGCGCCCAAGGCGCAAGCCGGCGCCGACGACAAGGGCGCAACAGGCACGGUCAAGGACGCGAUUCUCGGCUUCAUGGAGAACAUUGAGAGCCAGGAAACGAUAGGCGCAGAGUGGGAAGCCGUCGGCCUCGUCGAGCCCGGCGCAUUCAAGGGCCUGAACGAGUUGAUCGAGAGCCAAACAAAAGGAAGAGGCAAUGUCGAGGUUCUUGAGAUGGCGGUUGGCGCAGAUGAUUGAGUGGAGACACGUCUUUCCAGCAACGCGUCGCGUAGACGCCUCGUCCUCACGUGCGGGCGUCGUACUGCUGCAAAGGGGGAAAACAUGGCCCGACGGAGGCUUCAAGGCAAGUGGGCCGGGCUUUUUGUGCCCUCGGGAGUUAUGUGGGAGCAGAGUAGCAGGGCAGCACGGACUUGGAUGUACGGACUGGUCUGCAAGGCACAUGGCACCCCGUAUCCUCGUUCCGACCGCUCUUUUGACUGCCUCACUCUGCACCAUCUGUGCUUGUGUCCGAGCAAUCCCGAACCACAACCACACAAACAGCCUCGUCGGCACGGCUUCUCACCAUAGUCGGCCCUUUGUGACGAGAUCAUGCCCACGCUUCUCUACCCACGCUCCGCACACAUGACCCUCCUCCUACUACUAGCACGCCUUGUUCCACCCUCUCUGAUCCAGCACACUUGCAGAUCAACCCGGCGCUUCCAUGUACG